AGCCUGCCCCCCCACCCCCCACCCCCGGCAGACAAAGGGCCUGGGCAAAUUCGCCGCCUGGCCUCCUAGAGCUCCGGGGAGGCGUCUGCGCCCGCGGUGGAUCGCGCAGGAGGCGCGCGCGGGGCUAGAAGCUGCGGCCGCGCUCGCGCGGUAGAGGAAAAGCCACGAGAUGCGCCUGACUCACAUCUGUUGCUGCUUCCUCCUUUACCAUCUGGGGUUCCUAUCGAAUGAGAUGGUUUCAGGACUGCAGUUCACCCCUGACCGCGAGGAGUGGGAAGUCGUAUUUCCUGCACUCUGGCGCCCAGAGCCGGUGGAUGCAGCGGGCGGCAGCGGGGGCAGCGCGGACCCAAGCUGGUUGCGCGGCGUAGGGGGCGGCGGAGGCGCCCGGGGACAGGCUGCCGGCAGCUCACGGGAGGUGCGCUCCGUGGCCCCCGCGCCACUGGUAGAGCCCGCGGAGGGUCAGUCCGAGUCCCAGUUCCGACCUCCGUUAACGCCAGGAGGUGAGGAGGACGAGGAGCUGGAAUCACAGGAGCUGCCACGGGGAUCCAGCGGUGCUGCCGCCCUGUCCUCGGGAGUCCCGGCCUCGUGGCAGCCGCCGCGGGUCCCACAGCCGCGGCCGUCCCCGUCCCCGUCUCCGUCCCCUCCUCGAGCCCAACAAGCCGAACAAGACAGCGAUGAGGUGUUGCUGAGGAUCCCGGCCUUCUCCCGGGACCUAUACCUGCUGCUUCGGAGAGAUGGACGCUUCUUGGCCCCGCGCUUCGCUGUGGAACAGCGGCCAAGUCCAGGCCCGGGCCCCACGGGGGCAGCCGCUCCGCGCCCUCCUGCCCCUCCCGAUGCCUCCUGCUUUUACACCGGGGCGGUGCUGCGGCACCCAGGCUCACUGGCCUCUUUUAGCACCUGUGGAGGUGGUCUGAUGGGAUUUAUACAGCUCAACGAGGACUUCAUAUUUAUUGAGCCACUCAAUGAUACAAUGGCCAUAACAGGUCAUCCACACCGUGUCUAUAGGCAGAAAAGGUCCGUGGAAGAAAAAGCCACAGAGAAGUCAGCUCUUCACAGUCAUUACUGUGGUAUCAUUUCAGAUAAAGGAAGACCUAGGUCUAAAAAAAUAGCAGAGAAUGGAAGAGGGAAGCGGUAUUCAUACAAAUUACCUCAAGAAUACAACAUAGAGACUGUAGUGGUUGCAGAUCCAGCAAUGGUUUCUUAUCAUGGAGCAGAUGCAGCCAGGAGAUUCAUUCUAACCAUCUUAAAUAUGGUUUUUAACCUUUUCCAACACAAGAGUCUUGGUGUGCAGGUCAAUCUUCGUGUGAUAAAGCUUAUUCUGCUCCAUGAAACUCCAGCAGAUCUGUAUAUUGGGCAUCAUGGAGAGAAAAUGCUGGAGAGUUUUUGUAAAUGGCAACAUGAAGAAUUUGGCAAGAAGAAUGACAUACAUUUAGAGAUGUCCACAAGCUGGGGGGAAGACUUGACUUCAGUGGAUGCAGCUGUGCUUAUAACAAGGAAAGAUUUCUGUGUACAUAAAGAUGAACCCUGUGACACUGUCGGUAUAGCUUACUUGAAUGGAAUGUGCAGUGAAAAGAGAAAGUGUAUCAUUGCUGAAGACAAUGGCCUGAAUCUUGCAUUUACGAUUGCUCAUGAAAUGGGUCACAACAUGGGCAUUAAUCAUGACAAUGACCACCCUUCAUGUGCUGAUGGCCUUCAUAUCAUGUCUGGUGAAUGGAUUAAAGGACAAAAUCUUGGUGAUGUUUCAUGGUCUGCAUGUAGCAAAGAGGAUUUGGAAAGAUUUCUCAGGUCAAAAGCCAGUAACUGUUUGCUACAGACAAAUCCCCAGAGUGUCAAUUCCGUGAUGGUCCCCUCUAAGCUGCCGGGGAUGACAUAUACUGCAGAUGAACAAUGUCAGAUUCUCUUUGGGCCCUUGGCUUCCUUUUGUCAAGAGAUGCAGGUAAGUGUCAUGUCUAGAGCACUUGAUGCCUUCAAACCAUCUGGCACCUUGUGGUGGUGUAAGGCUGGAGAAUGUACCAGCAGGACCUCAACACCUGAACACCUGGCUGGAGAGUGGAGUGUCUGGAGUUCCUGUAGCCGAACCUGCAGUGCUGGGACCAGCAGUCGAGAGCGCACAUGUCCUGGGCUAGGUUCUGAAGCAAGGGAUUGUAAUGGUCCCAGAAAACAGUACAGAAUAUGUGAGAAUCCACCUUGUCCUGCAGGUUUGCCUGGAUUCAGAGACUGGCAAUGUCAGGCCUAUAGUGUUAGAACUUCAUACCCAAAGCAUGUUCUUCAGUGGCAAGCUGUUCUGGAUGAAGAAAAACCAUGUGCCUUGUUUUGCUCUCCUGUUGGAAAAGAACAGCCUAUUCUUCUAUCAGAAAAAGUGAUGGAUGGCACUGCUUGUGGAUAUCAGGGUUUAGAUAUAUGUGCAAAUGGCAGAUGUCAGAAAGUCGGUUGUGAUGGUUUAUUAGGGUCUCUUGCAAGGGAAGAUCAUUGUGGUGUCUGCAACGGCAAUGGAAAAUCAUGCAAAAUCAUUAAAGGGGAUUUUAAUCAUACCAGAGGAGCAGGUUAUGUAGAAGUGUUGGUGAUACCUGCUGGAGCAAGAAGAAUCAAAGUUGUGGAGGAAAAGCCCGCACAUAGCUAUUUAGCUCUCCGAGAUUCUGGCAAACAGUCUAUAAAUAGUGACUGGAAGAUUGAACACUCUGGAGCAUUCAAUUUAGCUGGAACUACUGUUCAUUACGUGAGACGAGGCCUCUGGGAGAAGAUCUCUGCCAAAGGUCCUACUACAACACCUUUACACCUCCUGGUACUCCUGUUUCAAGAUCAGAAUUAUGGUCUUCACUAUGAAUACACUGUCCCAUCAGACCCUGUUCCAGAGAAUCAGAGCUCCAAAGAACCAGAACCCCUCUUCAUGUGGACUCACACAGGCUGGGAAGACUGCGAUGCCACAUGUGGAGGAGGAGAAAGGAAGACAAUGGUGUCCUGCACAAAAAUCAUGAGCAAGAAUAUCAGCAUCGUCGACAACAAGAAAUGCAAACACUUAACAAAACCAGAGCCACAGAUUCGGAAGUGCAACGAGCAGCCAUGUCAAACACGAUGGAUGAUGACAGAAUGGACUACAUGUUCACGAACUUGUGGAAAAGGCAUGCAGAGCAGACAAGUGGCCUGUACCCAGCAACUGAGCAACGGAACUCUCAUUAGAGCAAGGGAGAGAGAUUGCACUGGGCCUAAGCCUGCCUCUGGCCAGCGCUGUGAGGGACAGGACUGCAUGACCGUGUGGGAGGCAGGAGUGUGGUCCGAGUGCUCUGUCAAGUGUGGAAAAGGUGUACGCCAUCGGACUGUGCGAUGCACUAACCCAAGAAAAAAAUGUGUCCUCUCUACCAGACCCCGAGAGGCUGAAGACUGUGAAGAUUAUUCAAAAUGCUAUGUAUGGAGAAUGGGUGACUGGUCAAAGUGCUCAAUUACCUGUGGCAAAGGAAUGCAGUCCAGGGUCAUCCAGUGCAUGCAUAAGAUCACAGGAAGACAUGGAAAUGAAUGUUUUUCUUCAGAAAAACCUGCAGCAUAUAGGCCAUGCCACCUUCAGCCCUGCAAUGAGAAGAUUAAUGUAAAUACGAUAACAUCACCUAGACUAGCUGCUCUGACUUUCAAGUGCUUGGGUGAUCAGUGGCCCGUAUACUGCCGAGUGAUCCGUGAGAAAAACCUCUGUCAGGACAUGCGGUGGUAUCAGCGCUGCUGUGAGACGUGCAGGGACUUCUAUGCCCAAAAGCUACAGCAGAAGAGUUGACCUCUAGCAGGCUGGCUGGCUGGCUCACAUUUCUUUGCAGUUACAUUAUUUAUAAGCACACACACUAGCAUAUCUUUCAGACCAAAUAUUAGCAGAUUACAUAUAAUUUAAUCAAAUUAAUUUAUUUUUUCCCUGCCAAACAUCCAAUGUGGUAUUUGUUUUGGUAAUACAAACAUUUUGAUUUAUACUAUAAGGCAAAAUUUAUAUGAAUGAAUAAGUUGGAUCCAGUGCCCUAAUAAAAAGAAAAUAAUAAAAAAAAAGAUCAUUAGAAUUAAAAACAUUUUUUUUUUAAGUUAAAGUUAGGGCUGUCUCUAAGGUGCUACUUUCCACUAAUACCAUUGAGUUAUACAGUGCUUAUACUACCUUAGCAUAGUUUAGUUAUAUAUGGAGAAAAUCAUGGUUCUUUUUCUUUUAUGUCCUGCUGCAGAAUUAGCCCAUUUUCUGUAAUCUGCAGGAGAUGUGUAAACAUAAGAAACCUCAUAGUGUUGAACAGGUUUUUAGAGAAUGUAUUAUGAAUUUGGUUCAGAUUUAGAGACAUCCAUAGGAAAAAUUCUACUGUAAUUAUAACCUUAUUUUAAUAAUGGAAAGAAAGUCAAAGCAGAGACUUUGAUCAUGUUCAUGAACAUGUACUUGAACACAAGUAUUGUAACAAUGAAACACUGUAAUGAUUUACACUGAAUCACCAUUGCACUGUUGAUAUAGUGUAGAGAAACUGUUUUAGAAAUGAUAACAUCCUACAAAAAUGUGUAUUAUUUUAUCAUGUUGUCAUUAGAUUUUAGCUUUUUAAAUAUUUUGAGCAAAGAAAGCAUUGAUCCACCCAUUUCCUUGUGUCCGUUUAGCAGAUUUAUGAAAGAGUAUAGUGCUUAGACUCACAAAUCAUAAUGAGAAAACUUACUGAAUAUUUUUCAGCCUUUUCCUUAGGAUCAGAAAAGACGAAAAGCAUAUAAUACUAUGGUAGUUUCAUUGUGUUUUUUUUUCCUUUUAAAAAAUAAAAAGUUUUACAAUUCUGUGAAACGUUCAAAAGCCAGCUUAGAAUUUUUCUCGUGAGAAAAUAUUGUACAUGAUUCACAUGGUUUCUUAGAUUUUUCAAUAAAAUAUGUAAAACUUCCUUUUGGGAGACAAUUCUUCAUAGAUCUCUCACACUUCCACAUGUUUGGCAAGAAAAGGCACUGUCUGCUUUUGUUCUGAAGUCUCUUCUAAAGAACUUUUAUACAAUGAACCAUUGUGGAAGACAGAGGUAGUAUAUUUCUUUGGAAUAAAGGGCAAACAUGCUUGCUUCCCGUUUUUAAAUUUUCAGGCUCUCUAAAAUUGAGGUUCUUUUAUUAUAAUAUAGCCUUCCUACACAUGCAGAUGUCACCUGGUUCUCUUCAUGUUACCCUGUGUGAAUUGGGGCUCAGAGAACCAGUGCAAGGAAAUGCAGAUUCUCUGGCCAAUUUUAUUGCUGUGAGUAAUAAAAUCCUUUGUCUCUAA